AACAGGAAGUUGGAGGAGGAAAUCAAAUAGAAUCCAAGGAAAUCACCAUCAGGACUAUUUCCAUCACUUAGCGAGCUAAACAAAUAACAGCUUCGCCCUUCCCUGCCUUACAGCUUAGCUGAGACACUGGCUAUGUCGGAGUCGUACGAUUUUCUGUUUAAAUUCCUAGUGAUUGGAAAUGCUGGAACAGGCAAAUCCUGCCUUCUGCACCAGUUCAUAGAAAAGAGAUUCAAAGAUGAGUCCAACCACACAAUUGGAGUAGAGUUUGGCUCCAAGAUCAUCAGUGUUGUCAACAAAAUGGUCAAACUUCAGAUUUGGGACACUGCAGGACAAGAACGUUUCAGGUCUGUUACCAGGAGCUACUAUAGAGGAGCAGCAGGAGCAUUGCUGGUUUAUGAUAUUACCAGUCGAGAAACCUACAACGCUUUGACCACGUGGUUAAGUGAUGCUAGGAUGCUGGCCAGUCAAAACAUUGUAAUUAUCCUGUGUGGGAACAAAAAGGAUCUAGAUGCUGACAGAGAGGUUACGUUUCUGGAGGCGUCACGCUUUGCUCAGGAAAAUGAGUUAAUGUUCCUGGAGACCAGCGCUCUCACAGGAGAGAAUGUGGAAGAAGCUUUUGUCCAGUGUGCCCGGAAAAUCCUGAAUAAAAUAGAGUCAGGAGAGCUAGAUCCAGAGAGGAUGGGGUCAGGUAUCCAAUACGGGGACGCUGCCUUACGCCAGCUUCGUUCACCCCGCCGCGCUCAGCCGCAGGGCACCCAGGAGUGUGGCUGCUAGUGGACGUCCUGCUACAAUACCCCAUUGAAGUUUGUGAAGACCAGAAGAAGAGCAUCCACAGAGAACCUCAACAGAUGCUGAUGCAGGGGUUGCUGUGCCGGUUACUCCACCUUCCUCCAUCUUUUGCACGGACCCUUCAGAGCGUUCAUUUUUGCAUGUGCAGAGAGCUAAGAAGACCCAGCCUCUCGCCCCCCCCAGCCGGCUCUGAGCUCUCUAACAAACCCAAAAGACCACUCCCCUUCAAAAAGAAAAAGAGAAUUUAAAGCUGGACCAAAAUCUCUUCGUGGCGAGAUGGUUAUGUAGCUCCUCACUUUUCACGUGCUCUCCAACACUUUGCUCAAUCUAUUUGUAAAGACACUUCUUGUGAAUUACAUGACAAAAGUGUCUUUUUUGCAUUUAAAUGACAGAAUAUAGGUAAGAUAGUUCAAUUAAAAUAAAAAAGUGGUAGUUUUUAAAUGUUUUUGACUGAAAAAGAGGAGCUGACUCCUACAAUUUGGUUCAUCAAAUAAAAGGGAAUGAAAAUCUUCCCAUUUUUAAGCAUGAACUAAAUCUCCCAAAUGACUAAAACUCCAUUCUCCUCCAACUAAUAGCACUCCUUAUUCAUCAUCCACCUGCUCUCCUUUACCCAAUUCUCACUAACAGCCUGCCACUCCUGAGUUACACACUGUGCAGCCAUGAAAGCACACUUUAUCAACUAACCUCACCCCACAAUCCCUGCAUUGUUUGUAUUCCACUUCCUCUCCUCAUUUUCCUGCAGAAUGUUGUACAGUGCUGCUGUAUAUAGUGACUGACGCAUGCUUUUCAAGCAAAUUAUCAGAGUGUUUCAUUAUAAAGAGAUAUUAUGGUGAAAAUUAAAAUAUCAUUCAUUGUAUGGUUUCAGCUGCGCUCUCUGAAGUGUGGAGCUGUGCAUCACAGGAAAGCUGUACAGAGGGGCUAGAACUUUGCGUUUUCAUGGAUUUGGCAGUACCACAUUACUUUAUAAGAGAAAAAAAAGUCCAUGCAUGAUUGACUUCUCCUUUGUUACUGUUUACAUGAGUGUCAGCUGCAGAAAGAAACUAAAAUUGAAGUUUUAUAGGCUGUUUUCUUUAAAGUUGUCAAAUCUGGUCAAAAACAAAAAAGAUUUUACUUUGCAGGUUCUACCACUUUGGUACUUGUACACUAACGGUUGCACAUUUCAAACAAAACCUCCAUUUUACAAUGAGAAAUGCCUCGAGUGGUGAAUCUGAGAGCAGCUUAGUUUGUGUCACAUGAGGUUGUCGUCUUGUGUUUGUGUCAUAAAGCCUCAUUUCUAAUGACCUGUGUGUGUUUUUCUCCUGUCAUUAUAAAUAUCAUAGAUUUUUAAUUUAUUGUGUAUGAUGAAAAGCUAUGUUUUUGAAAUAAAAACAACCACAAAUGCAGA